AUGGUGGCCGAGAUUCGCAGCGGGGUCAAGUCGACGACCGACGGGCUGCGCCGCGCACGCGCUCUGAACGCCCUGCGUCAACGCCACCCCUUGACAGCAACGGAUAAUGGCUCGCUGUCGCUGCUUGCCCGGAACGCUCGCGAGGGCGCGAAGAAUUCCACCUGGAGUCCCACGGAUUCAGACGAGCGACUACUGAAUGAAUAUUUCGACCGUGUCUUCCCUCUGCAGUUUCCCUUUUAUGUCGCUUCUGUCCCCGAGAGGGGUCACGGCUGGCUCCGUUCUCUGAUGAGACGAUGUGAACCGCUCUGCUAUGCGGCGCUUGCCCUGGCUAUCGUCUAUCGGAAUUCGAGCUCAGACCGUGUUGACGUUCUGCACGGGCCGUCUCGCGAACAUGAACAGCAACAGCUUUAUGCUUUGGCCGUCACGGGCUUACGACAGCAUAUUGACCGCCUCAGCAAGAAAAGCCUCCAAGAAGGAUUGCGGGGCGGGAUUGAAGUGUUUGCCUGUGUCACCUACUUGAUCAUGCUCGAAGACGACGAUGAGCAGGUUGAAGCGGCGGCUAAGGAGGCAAGCUCCAUCGACUCCUCCCUAUCCCUUGUGGAUCACGUCGCCAUGGAAUUCUUCAGUGCCGUAUUCCUCUGGCUCGACACUUUGGCCACCGUCUCGACCGGCCGCAGACCCCGGUUUGCCGACGUCUGCGCGGCGGCCUUUGGCGCUCCAGAUUGCAAGGUCCGGCUGCGGAGUAUCAUGGGCUGCGAGAACUGGGUGAUGAUCGUCAUCCGGGAUAUCGCGGUGCUUGAUGGACUCGUGAGGGACGAACAAGGAGGACACCCUCACCCUAGGAGGGGCGAGGGCGUGAGGCGGAAAUACAUCGAGCUCAAGGAUCGUCUGCAGCUCGGCCUCGCAGAACCCUGGGAGAGCUACUUGUCACUGUUAGCAAGGGGUACCAAGGACAGCGCAGCGGCAGAACAUCGCCUGAUCCAAGCCACUCCCAUCGUCACCCACAUCUUUGCCUGUGCAGCCAUGGUCUACCUUACAGUGGUUGUCUCUGGACGCCCCGAUCCGCAUAAUCCUGAGAUACGGGACGCAGUUUCCAGGUCGAUCAGGAUAUUCCGCGCGCUGCCCGAUGACAUCCAUGUCCAAAUGCUGCACGGCAUGCUCUGGCCUUUCUGCAUUACGGGCUGCAUGGCGCUCAAAGACCAAGAGUCGUCAUUUGAAUAUUUGGCACUGAAGGCUGCAGGUACCACCGUGGUCCACCAAGGUCCGGACACUUUGUGGAGAGCUCUCCAAGUGAUGAGGACAUGCUGGCGAAUUCGGAGCGGGCAAAGCCUGGAGGGCGUCCCUUCUGUCGAUUGGUUUAGUGCCAUGUCAACCCUAGGCUAUCAGGUGCUGUUAGUAUGA